UUGUAGUUUCUCUUACACGAGAGAGGGGAGCGAAGUACCCUGAUAAACGAAUAUACAAACCGGGAUAUUCAAUUGAGUACAUGCCACCAAGUAUGACCGAGAGGUCGGCGAAUAAGCUGAUUAAUGGAGAUGUUUGCCAUCGGACGGCAAACGGGAGAAAACCUUCGGGAAUAAACGGUUUCGUGAAGAAUAAUUGCUCGUUUCAACAACAACCACAGCAGAAGUCUCGGCGCCCAAGCGAGAAGAGCAACCAUGUUGCGCGUAAUGCCAGCCUGUACAACAAGCCGUUUGUGGAGCAGUUUGAGGAAACUCCUCUUGUGGUGGCGGUCCUCACCUACAUGGGCUACGGUAUCCUGACCAUCUUUGGGUACCUCCGGGACUUCCUCCGGGACUGGGGCUUUGAGAAAUGCCACGUGGCCAGGGAGAGGGACGCACAGAAGGACUUUGUUCCGCUGUACCAGGACUUUGAGAACUUCUACACCAGGAAUCUGUACAUGCGUAUCCGGGACAACUGGAACAGGCCUAUCUGCAGUGUCCCUGGAGCGAAGAUGGACCUAGUGGAGAGAGUCUCUAAAGAUUACAACUGGACGUUCGAACACACAGGCAUGGUGGUGAGGGAAGUGAUCAACAUGGGUUCCUACAACUACCUGGGAUUUGCAGAGAACACCGGGAGCUGUGCUGAGGCUGCCACUGCGUCUAACUCUGUGUACGGUGUAGGAGUGGCCAGCACCCGCUACGAGAUGGGUAACCUAGACAUCCAUGAGGAGAUGGAGCAACUGGUCGCUAGGUUCCUUGGGGUUGAGUCUGCUAUGGCGUUCGGGAUGGGCUUCGCUACCAACUCCAUGAACAUUCCUGCUCUUGCUGGAAAGGGCUGUUUGAUUCUGAGUGAUGAGUUAAACCACGCCUCGCUGGUAUUGGGGGCUCGUCUAUCCGGCUCUACCAUCCGCGUCUUCAAACACAACAAUAUGGUGAGUCUUGAGAAGAUGUUGAAAGACGCCAUCGUUCACGGCCAACCUCGAACACACAGGCCCUGGAAGAAGAUUCUUAUUCUGGUUGAGGGCAUCUACAGUAUGGAGGGGUCCAUUGUACGCCUGCCUGAGGUGAUCGCCCUGAAGAAGCGUUACAAGGCCUAUCUGUACCUGGACGAGGCCCACAGCAUCGGCGCUCUGGGACCGCACGGCGGCGGGGUGGUGGACUACUUCGGUCUGGAUCCGAAAGACGUGGACAUCAUGAUGGGAACGUUCACCAAGAGCUUUGGUGCAGCUGGAGGAUACAUUGGAGGGAAGAGAGAGUUGAUAGACUACCUACGGUCCCACUCCCACAGUGCCAUCUACGCUACGUCUAUGUCCCCUCCCGUGGCUCAACAGAUCAUCACUUCUAUGAAGAUUAUCAUGGGGGAGGACGGCACUACUCUGGGUGCAGAUCGUCUGAGGCAGUUGUCUGAAAACACCACAUACUUCCGAAGGAAACUCAGGGAGAUGGGAUUCAUCAUCUAUGGCAACAAUGACUCUCCUGUUGUUCCAAUGAUGCUCUACAUGCCUGCCAAAAUAGGAGCGUUUGGCAGGGAGAUGCUGAAGAGGAACAUUGGGACGGUGGUGGUGGGUUUCCCGGCCACACCCAUCAUAGAGUCCCGGGCCAGGUUCUGCGUUUCCGCCGCGCACACCCGAGACAUGCUGGACACGGCUUUGGAAGCCAUCAGUGAGGUUGGGGACGUGCUACAGUUGAAGUACUCCAGACACCACAGACGACAUAACCUCCCCUCCUCUCUGGGUCCGUGGUCCUCUGAGGAGUGGCGCCUCCAGGACUCCAGCCGUGUCAAGCCCUCGGUCAUGUAAAUAACUGAACUAGUAACACCAGGGAUCCUCAACGCCGUCACCGGAGACCACGGCUAUUCAUUUUGACCCGGUAGUGAAUUUUGCUCACCUGGUACCUGUUUGUAAAUCAGAAAAAUAAUGGAAUGUGGAAUACCUGAUCUUCAUUACUGUGGCACAUUGCUACAAAUUCACCAAUGUCUUAAAGUGUGUUGGAAAUGUCUGAGCCCUAUGGUUGUCUAACUGUAUCUUAACUUAUUGUGGCUGUAUUUGUGUAUGUUGGACCUAACAACCGAGUCUUCUGUCUGUGUGCACUGCAUUAUAUUGCAAUCAUAACAAGAUAAGCGGAAGGAAGCAAAGGCCUUAAACAUGCACUCACUGUAUGUUGCUAUAAAGAUUUUAUUUGGUUAUACCAAUAGAUGAUAGAAGUGAAAUAGUUAGAACAGGAUCUGUUUUGUUUUAGGGAUUCAUCCUAAUAUAUUCUUUGAACUUGUAGCUCUUCAUCCGAAGCAGAAAUAUGUUCCUUGAACUCCUCUCACUCCCUUUGUAAGCUACCUAUCACACCAGUUCAGAAAAAGAUGUUGAAUUAUAUAGAAGGACAGAGAAAUAAUCAUUCGGAGACUAAACCCUUUGUCAAUACUUAUUAAUUAUCUUAUUUUCUAUAAAUGUUCAGCCUUAAUUAUUUAGUGUUUACACUUGCACUUGAAUAUUUUGUGCCCGAAUGUCUUAUACAUUUCUAAAAGCUCUAGACAUGUCUAUCACUGAAGAGUCUUAAGCUUAAGAGUCACAUUGUGAUGUGUCUUCUAGAGUUGGUUUCCAGAGCAUAGAUUAAGUGAAGUCCUUAACUGAAAACUGAAAGUCCUUAUUUGAAUUGAGAUUCUGGUAUUAAUCUGUAUCUGUGAUACUGAAACUUAAUUGAAAAGCCACCUUAUGUGACAUGAGUCUCUAACUGUAUGCCUUCACCUGCUUUAGGUGAAUGUUAAUAUUUCAAUAUUAAUAACCAGCAUUGAGGUUUUAAACUAUUAUAUGUUGGGCUGAACAUAACCUACCAGUUGAUCUGUAUGCAUGAAGAUGUUGCUUCCUAACCCUGGCUCUCGUAUAUCGAUACCCUUUUCAUAGUAUGUGCAUUUAUAGUGCUUGACAUGAGCUUAAUACGGGAGGUUUUACCCUCUCAUUCAUUACAAAUGUCAAAUUUUUCACUCUGCUUAAUUUUGUGGGGGUUCUUGCUAACCUAAUAUCUCCGUGGUAGCUGUAGUUAUGUUCUAAUCAACACUGGGAAUAACGGUUUCCUAGAACCGUAAAUAGUUAUUUGGCUGUCCAUGUAAAAUACUAUUUUUUUUGGUUCCAUGUUGGACAGAUUUGUUCUUUGUAAGGGGUUCUUUAACGGGUGUAAAGAGUUUGACCUAGGAACAAGAGAUUUCACUUCCAGGAAAAUCCAGAGAAUAUCUACCUAUAUAGACACUUUCAAUGGUGAUAGAGUAUCAAUGCACACAGGUUAAUUAAGCAGUAUGGGACAUGGGCUCUGGUAAAUGGUUGUUAUACCAUAGCCCUUACCUGCGGUAUAUAGGUCAUGUACCACAAACCCUAGAGGUGCCCUACUGCUAUUAUGAACUGGUUGCCAUCGUAUUUAGAACAGUAACCUAUAUUUUUCAUACCUGGGUUAUGAGGUUGGCCAAUCGGCAUUCAGAGCUUAAACCAACCCGUUUAUCAUAGUGAACAACUCUUCAGUGCUAAUACUACUGACAGGCAUUCAAAAUGCACAGAUGAUGUAGUGUCUCUGAUAUCACUGGCUUUAAAGCUGGCUAACUGGUGUUUGGUUUGAAGGGAGCAUAUUUUGCGGCCAAGUGUCUUAAAUAUUAUUCUUAUCUAAUAAGGAAUUCCAAAAUGGCCUGAAUUGUUUUGACUUGUAUGUAUGUUUUAAAGUUGUUUAAAUAUUGUUUGACUUUCUGUGUUUUAACCUGUGGGUUAGUUCAAGUAAAAAUGAUAAUAUUAUACUUGAACUGACCCACCGGUUAGGCCAUUUAUAUAUAUAUAUAUAUAUAUAUGAUCAUUCCAUUACUGUACAUACUUCCUUUUUAACUAUGACUGUGAUGGUGUCUAGAAUUUGUCCAGCAGUAAAAUAUAACUGUAGCUGCUUUUAAAUUCUGUGUACUUGAAGCUGGGUGGGCCCGUACAGUCUCUUCACAUCCCAAACGGUAUCUAAUCCAUAUUGUGCAAUAUGUUUGACCAAAGAUCAGAAUGUUGAACUAUGUGGGGAUUAGGACAGGAUUUAGAAUGCACACAUUGUAUCCUGUUCACCUAUCCUUUCUAUUGAGGCCCAGUGUGAUUGCUGAGACCAAGCAACAUGACCAUGUGUCUUAGGAAAGCGGUUUAAAUUGCAACAAUGCAAAUAACUCAAACAUGUGUAAUUCGUUGUUAUCUGACUUAUUUGUUGACUUAAUUUGUAGUCAAGUUAAGAUAUAAAAGCCAUUUAAUGUCAACGAAUCACUAACGUGCAUGUUAUGUAAAAUGUCCUGUAACUGUAGAUCCACCUGUAUGAUAUCAGUAGGUUAUUACCUAUGGCAAGUUUUAUGUUUGAAGAUGGUUUGGUGAAUUAGAUAAACCACUUGAUGAAGCCAUGGUGUUUGUUGACCGUACUGUUGGAAAUGGUGCAAAGAUUAAAUCAGUCAUUGUAUCAAAUCUUUGGGUUAGAUUUGUCUUCUACAGUGGUCUAAUACAUAGCACUGUCAGAAUGUUUUUUUUUAUACAGAAUGAGUACCAUUAAAUGACUUACAACUUG